UUCAAACAGACACACGCGUGUGGCGUAAGGGUGGAUACAGCAAGGAUCUUAAUCCAGAGGGUGAAAGUGCCAGGUGAAAAUUCAUGAGCUAGAACAUAAUCUUCAGGAGCAGAAGCAAAGGAUUGAGCAAUUGGAACGUAAUAAGGUUCCAUGGAAAACUAAUGCCGUUUCUGGGAAAAAAAGUCGAACCCUAGAGGGAGAAAUAGUGUCUCACAGAGACACAUCUAAAAAGAAGGAAUCCUGCUGCAGUAAAUACUUAGAGCUGUUGCUAAAGGAGAUUAAAAAGCUGAAGAAAGAAAACGAGAAGUUGUCUGCAGAAAGGAGAGCACUAAGGAAGGAAUUGUCUGGAUUAGACAAGGAGUUUUUCGAAGAGGUAGAAGAUUUAAAGCGUGCAGUGCUGGAAUCUGUGAAACUGAAUAAUCAGUAUGAGAAGUGCUUGAAACAAAUUAGUGUCAUCUUUGGACUUCCUUUUACGGUACAUGUGUAACUGCUCCUUGAUCCAAUGGCAAGGAUUUUAUGCUGAUAUGGAGCCUUUCUUGGCCCUCUGACCAAGCCCUUCUGUCCUCACCUCAGAGAGUAGAACUUAGCCACUGGGAAAGACUCCUGUGCCGGUGCUGCAAUGCUGAGUGCCAGCUUUACCAGUAUGAAGAGCCGUCCUUUGAAGAAGAGGAUCUGUUUCCUACUGAAACUCGUCUGCUUUGUCAGCUCUGUGCUAAUAUUUUGUGAAUUUUUCAUUUAUUACUUGGUGAUUUUUCAAUGUCAGUGGCCAGAUGUGGAAGGUGGGGCUCACACAGGUAACGAAGAGACUCCAGCUUCAGUCCUGAAGGCCAUGUUUUUAGCUGAUACUCACCUGCUUGGUGAAAUCAAAGGACAUUGGCUGGAUAAACUACGAAGGGAAUGGCAAAUGGAGAGAUCUUUCCAAACUGCUUUGUGGUUACUGCAGCCAGAUAUUGUUUUUAUUCUGGGAGAUGUCUUUGAUGAAGGAAAAUGGGACUCGCCUCAGGCGUGGGCUGAUGACGUCAGGAGAUUUCAGAAAAUGUUUAAAUACCCACUUAGUACUGAGCUGGUGGUUAUCGUUGGGAAUCAUGACAUCGGGUUUCACUAUGAAAUGACCACUUACAAGGUACAUCGCUUUGAAAAAGUUUUCAACUUCACUUCAGGAAAGCUAAUAACUCGAAAAGGAACAAACUUUGUCCUGGUGAACAGCGUGGCCAUGGAGGGGGAUGGCUGCACCCUGUGCCGAACUGAGGAGGUGAAGCUUGUGGCGCUUUCUCACAGACUGAACUGCUCCCAGCAGGAACAGAACCAUCCCCAGAAGAGGUGCAGUGAUGCAGAAAAGCCUCCAGCUUCACAACCAAUCCUUCUGCAGCAUUACCCUCUCUAUCGGAAGAGUGAUGCAGAGUGCAGUGGAGAAGAUGCUGCCCCUCCAGAGGAGAAGACCAUCCCAUUUAAAGAGAAAUACGACGUGCUGUCUCAGGAAGCAUCACAAAAGCUGCUGUGGUGGUUCCGUCCCCGCCUGGUUAUCAGUGGGCACACGCACAGCGCCUGCCAAGUGCUGCACCCAGGGGGGAUCCCAGAGAUCAGCGUCCCGUCGUUCAGUUGGAGGAAUAGAAACAACCCUAGUUUCAUCAUGGGCAGCAUAACACCAACUGACUUCUCCCUCCACAAAUGCUUCCUUCCACGUGAGAGCAGAGUCUUUGCUAUAUACUGGGCAGCGGGAGCCCUGCUCGUCGUCCUGGUGCUAGCUCAUUUUCAGCUUCUCACUCCACCAUUUUAUUUUGCUCAGCGUUUAAUCAGUAAGCAUAAAGCAGCAUGAAGAGCCAGACAUCUGCAUUCAGUCACUGAAAUACCAAAGCUGAGAACAGUCAAACAUCAGACUAUAUUCAUGCCAGCAAAUGACCUAAUUUGAUUGCUAGUCUGAAGGCAGGUUGCAUUUACACAUACCAUAGAAGUCCUAUACAGCUGAUAUGACUACUACAGGAUAAAUAAUUAACUGAAAUGAAUGUUCCAUGCUGUACAAAAAUACUGUAUUCUACAAUCAAAUGAGUCCUUUUCCUGCUAUAAUUUUUGUAUCAAAUAUGUAUAUUAAAAGUGUAACUGUACAUUA